CAAGCGUCCAAGUCCGUGUAACUUACUUGACUUUUAUCAUUGCAGACCCAGAUCCUCAAGGCCACCUACUAUAUGUACUUGUACAUGCAAGACAAGUCAGUACCUGUACAGUCUCACCACGAUUAUUGACGCCCCGGUCCCAACGGAAUUUUUGAAUUCGAUUUCACCUGUCGCACCUUGAGAGCCGGAAUACGGGGAAUACGCGUAUAUAUACGGUUAUACGGGGUCCUAGCCAGCUGCGCCUUGCGGAGUUGCCUGUGAAACGAACCCUCUAUAUCCCAGUCUGAACCGCAUCUACAACAAUCUUCCCGCAAUAUAUUAUCGGCGGUAUCACCGUUUAUUCUAUCCAUUGCCCUCUUCUACCAAAUAUCUAGCAAACCGAGCCUAAGCAGUCUCCAAUUGCCCCUACACCGAAGCCUCCGUUCCCACCGCAAACAUGACCCACCACCACGAACCUUUCAAAUCCCUAUCACCUCUUUCUUGGCCAAACGACAUCUCUCCACACCUCGACGCCGCCGGUGCCCCCUCAGAGAACUCGGAGUCCCCGCUCGGCAAGCUCCUCACGACAACAGUCGCAGACGCCCUGCUGCUGGUGGAGUCCAUCCCGAGCCCAACGGCACAGGAGAGGACAUACAGCAGCAGCACCCCACUUGCCACCGUCGGCCGCGCCCGGUCCCAGACCGACCCGUCAGCAGCACACAGAGGAGGAAGUGGGGGGUCCGCCAGCAGGGACAAGGACAAGGAAAGGGAUGGCGUGGUGGUGCAGAAACUGCGCGGCGAAUGGAAGGACAUCAAAAUCCCGCCGAAAGAUAAUCCGCAUGGUAUCAGCAUGUACAAGCUCGCGGCUAAGGAUGGGAAGGGGGCUUGGUUUGCAAGGAGGAGUCUGCAUGUGCCGGGGCGUCAGGGCGCGGGUGGGGAGGUUGGGUUUGAGAUGUGGGAGGCUGCAUUGAGAAAGGAGAUGCAAGAGACACUUGCCAGGUGCAAGGGGAAAGAGCCCGGUACGGGAAACAUCAGGGGGAUCGGGGCCGAGAAGCGGGUAAAGAGGGUUGAGAUCCCUGAGGGGGUUCUGGAAGUGUACCAGGUUUCGGCUCGGUUCCCUGGCCCGACGACACCCAGAGAUUUCGUCACGGUGCUUAUGAUGCCGCGGCCGGCAGAGGGCAAGUCCGACCGGACUGGACGCCAACCUAGGCAAUUCGUCAUUGUGUCAAGGCCAUGCGAUGGGCAUCCCGAUUGCCCGUCCAGGUCAGGAUUCAUACGCGGACAGUACGAGUCUGUCGAGGUCAUACGCGAGGUGCCCGUGGACAAGCCGCUCAGGAGGGUGAAGUCGUCGAUCGACUUGAGCAGAGACGACGUCAAACAACUGGCUGAUGAAGCCGGAGAUCACGCGAGCAAAGAGGCCGUACUACGCGCUGCGAAGAAGGCCGCCGAAUCGGAGGGCGAGCAAGAUGGGAAAGUGUCAUUCCCCGGAUCACCCGCAAAGUCUUCUGGCGGCAGAGAUGAAGAGGAUGAGAUGGCCAUCGAAUGGCUGAUGGUCACGCGCAGCGACCCAGGCGGCAGUGUACCUCGGUUCAUGGUCGAAAAGGGCACUCCAGGAGGGAUUGUCAAUGACGCUGGGAAGUUUAUCAAGUGGCUCUCUUCUCAGAAGAGGGAAGAUCUGUUGGCAGCCAGUACAGAUGGGGUAGAUCAGCAGGAGACGAAACCGACAGAAGAGUUUCGCCAGAAGGCAGAGUCGGGAGAGAGUCCAGCAAAAAUAGCUGAGCACGAUCACCUCCAAGACGGCGAUGCUCCGCGAGAAGGAGAACAGCCACCCCAGGGUGGCUUAUACGGCAUGUUUACAAACGCUCUGGGAGCCGCCAGCUCGGCUGUGGCCAGCAGAGUAGCUGCAUUUAGCCCCUCAUACCCGAUAGUUGACGGAACCGGCAGCGCCGACGAAAGCUACGCCUCGUCAGAAGCCAGCUUUGAGUCAGCCGAGGAGGGCUCGCCCAGCAGUUCCCUAGCCGACCAAGCUAGCGUCAGGGGGGAAGCCUCGGCCAUGGACGCCGCUUCGACCAAAUCCGCGCAUUCAACUGUUUCCGAGAACCCGCCGCUUUCACACCAGGAAUCGACCUCGCUCUCACGCACGCAGGCCCAGCACGAGAAGGAGCUGCGCAAGCUCAAACAGCGCAUGGUCAAAGCCCAAGAAAAGCUCGAGCGUUCCCAAGCCAAACGGCGAGCCGACAGCAAGAGCAGCAACAAGGGCGGCGGCGCAACCACAACAGAUGACGAGGCGACAGCAGCAACAGCAGCAGCCAAAGCCAAGGAGAAAGAAAAGGACGACCUAGCGCUGGCCAAGCUGCGCGAGAAGCACGAGCGCGAGAUCGCCAAGCAGGAAGAGAAGUACCGGCGCGAGCUCAAGCGGCUCGAAGAGAAGCACGCCGCCGAGGAGCGCAAGGCCGCGGAGCGGCGUCGCAAGGCAGCCGAGCGCAAGGAGCGCGCCAACAUCCAGAUGGAGCUGGAGCGGACGCGGGCCGAGCGGGACGUGGCGCUCAAGCAGAUCGAGAUGCUCAAGGCGCAGGUCGGCGAGCUGCAGGCGCAAAAUACCAUGCUGGUUGCGAAGUUGGGUAAGGAGAAGGAGAAGGGCAAUUGAAGGAUGGGGCUGGGAAGGUCGCUGUGUAGCUAUAUACGAAUCUACCUAUGUACUAAGGAGGGGUUGUUUAGGGUUUUCUAGGACGCGGCCGGUGGGUGUUAAGGAGGCCGUCGAUCUUCCUCAUAUGUAUUAGCAUAUACUACAAUGUCGCU